UGAAGGACUGUUAAGGAAAUAGCAGAGAUUUGACUUCAUGGGGCGUAAAAGAAGCUGCCAAAGUUUGCAAUGGAGUGAAAUUUGUGUGGAAAUGACAGGGAAGUGACCCAGCUAGCAGCUGCGGUAUAAAUAAAAGGAUUAUUUCAGCAUCGUUCUCCAAUUUCGCUGUCUUUAAAAUGGGAGAUGAGCUGGAAGAUGAAGCACAGUGCCUGUAUCCUGCUAUUGGGAGUGAAAUUCGUUUCCGCCUGCAGCAGUUUGUGGAGGAGAGGAUGCAGACAACAAUGCUGACGGGUGUUUUGAUCGGUGCCGUGGUGGCUGUGUGUCUGAUAGGAAUCUCUGUACUUCUCCUCUACCGCAGAUAUAAACUGGCGAGUCAACAGGCUGAUGUUCCUCGCUAUCGCUUCAGAAAAAGAGAUAAAGUGCUCUUUUACGGCAGGAAAAUCAUGAGAAAGGUCCAGACCUUGUCCUCGACACCAACCUCCUCUUCGGUGUCUAAGCAGCGCUCUCGGAAGAGACCUAAAGUUCUAAGUAUAGCACGCAGGAUCCUGCGGAUCAGGAAGGAGCCACCCACUUUGCAGCCCAAAGAACCCCCUCCCUCUCUCUUAGAAGCAGAUCUCACCGAAUUUGAUGUGCAGAACUCAAAUCUGCCCUCAGAGGUGCUCUACAUGCUCAAGAACGUCAGGGUACUUGGUCAUUUUGAAAAGCCCUUGUUUUUGGAGCUGUGUCGACACAUGGUGUUUGUGGAGCUGCAGGAGGGAGAGGGGCUGUUCAAACCAGGGGAUGAUGAUGACAGCAUUUAUGUGGUUCAGGAUGGAAGGCUUGAGCUUUGCAUUCAUGAAUUUGAUGGCACAGAGCCUGUGGUGAAGGACGUGUUGCCCGGGGACAGCGUUCACAGUCUGCUCAGCAUUCUAGACAUCAUUACAGGUUAUCCUGCUCCUUAUAAGACUGUGUCUGCUCGUGCUGCGGUCAGGUCUACCAUUUUGCGUUUGCCUGCCUCAGCUUUCCAGGCAGUGUUUGAGAAAUACCCAGAGACGCUAGUGAGAGUCAUACAGAUAAUCAUGGUGCGGCUGCAGAGAGUCACUUUCCUGGCACUUCACAACUACUUGGGCCUGACCACUGAGCUUUUCAAUCAGGAGAGACAAGCAGUGCCGCUGUUCACGGUCAACAGUGUGCUCACCGAGGGGAGUCCCUGCAAAGUCCCCCGCAGACCCCACUUCCAGACACACCCAGAAGACGAGCAGCUGCAGGACGGAGACCACUUGACACACUCCGAUGGAGGGCAAGCAGGUUCAUACGAAAAUGCGUCCAUAGUUGCACGGAGGUCUCGCUCAGUCUCGAUGCCUGUAGAGAGUUCAGGAGUGGCAGGAAAUGACUUGAACAUGGCCUAUGAACGGGCCCGAGUCACCAUUGACGAUCCUCCGUCCAUUUCUGUCAAGUCCAUUUUGAAGAAGAGUGUGACCAUGCAGCAUGCUCCGUCCGCUGUGAUUCAUUACACAGACAAUGCAUCACACUCUGACGUGCCCCCUAGUAAAGUGGGCGCCAUAUUCCAGGCCGCCAAGAAGGACCUGCUGGGGAUUAUUCCACUGCAGGACCCCAGUUUGCUGGAGGGCAGGGUGACGCUCCAUCAAGUUAAAUCUGGAUCUAUUGUAGCUCGACAAGGAGAUCAGGAAGUAAGUGUGCAGUUUGUGAUUUCGGGCACAUUGCAUGUGUACCAGAGGAUGAUUGACCGAGAGGAGGACACGUGUCUGUUCGUGGCUCACCCAGGAGAGCUGGUGGGUCAGCUGGCUGUACUGACGGGAGAGCCACUUAUAUUCACCGUACGGGCACAUCGUGACUGCAGCUUCCUAUCCAUUUCUAAAACACAUUUCUAUGAGAUCAUGCGAGCUGAGCCCACUGUGGUGCUGAAUGUGGCUCAUACAGUUGUAAGAAGGAUGUCAUCUUUCGUCAGACAGAUUGAUUUUGCCCUUGACUGGAUGGCUGUGGAGGCGGGGAGAGCUGUCUACAGGCAGGGCGAUAAGUCUGACAGUACUUUUAUAGUGCUCAGUGGCCGCCUGCGUUCCGUCAUCCUGAAGGAGGAUGGGAAAAAGGAGCUGACUGGAGAGUAUGGCCGUGGAGAUCUUAUUGGAGUGGUGGAAGCUCUGACCCAUCAGAACAGAGCAACUACUGUUCAUGCUGUUCGGGACUCAGAAUUGGCUAAACUACCUGAAGGUGCUCUCAGUUCCAUCAAGAGAAAAUUCCCACAGGUAGUCACAAGGCUUAUUCACCUGCUCGGACAGAAGAUCCUCCAGCAAGUUAAUGGACCUUUAACAGCUCGCAGUCUAGCUCUACACACUCCCGGCAGUAAAUGGGAUGCGGGGAACCCUGCCUCAAACCUUUCUACCGUCACUGUGCUCCCGGUAUCAGAGGAGGUUCCUCUGACCGCGUUCACCCUGGAACUUCAGCAUGCACUUUUAGCUAUUGGUCCCACUCUUCUCUUGACAAGUGACAUCAUCAAACAGCGCCUCGGCUCUGCUGCAUUAGACAGUGUGCAUGAGUACAGGUUGUCGAGUUGGCUGGGUCAGCAGGAAGACAUCCACCGCAUAGUCCUGUAUCAGACAGAUGUGUCACUCACCCCGUGGACUCAGCGCUGCAUCAGACAGGCUGAUUGCAUCAUCAUCGUAGGACUGGGAGAGCAGGACCCAGCCGUGGGAGAGCUGGAGCGUAUGUUAGAGGGGAGUGCGGUGAGAGCACAGAAACAGCUGGUGUUAUUGCACCGGGAGGAUGGCCCUCCUCCCAAAGGAACAGCCGAAUGGCUGAACAUGCGGAGCUGGAUCUCCAGGCACCUUCACCUGUCCUGCCCCCGCAGAGUCUUCUCCAAGAGGAGCCUGCCAAAAUUGAGAGAGAUGUAUCAGCGUGUGUUCCAGAAACCGGCCGAUCGCCACUCUGAUUUCUCACGCCUGGCCCGUGUCCUGACAGGAAACACCAUCGCUCUAGUGCUGGGGGGUGGAGGAGCCAGGGGUUGUUCUCAGGUGGGCAUCAUUCGAGCAUUGAGUGAAGCAGGAAUCCCUAUUGAUCUGGUGGGCGGCACCUCUAUCGGGUCCAUGAUGGGUGCGCUGUAUGCAGAGGACCGCAGUUACAGCAGAAUGAGGAUCAGAGCCAGAGAAUGGGCCAUGGAAAUGAAUUCCAUGUUUAAGAAAGUGCUGGACCUGACCUACCCAAUCACUUCUAUGUUUUCCGGUGCUUCGUUCAACUCUAGCAUUAGUGCUGUCUUCAAAGACAAACAGAUAGAGGAUCUCUGGAUCCCAUAUUUCAACAUCACCACAGACAUCACCGCCUCUACGAUGAGAGUGCACACUGAUGGCUCUCUGUGGAGAUAUGUGCGUUCCAGUAUGUCUCUUUCUGGUUACCUGCCACCAUUGUGUGAUCCAAAAGAUGGACACCUGCUCAUGGACGGAGGCUACAUCAACAACCUGCCAGCGGAUGUGGCACGCUCCAUGGGUGCAAAGGUGGUUAUUGCAAUUGAUGUGGGAAGCCAAGAUGAAACAAACCUUACUAACUAUGGGGAUGCCCUUUCUGGCUGGUGGCUGCUAUGGAAACGGUUCAACCCACUGGCUGAGAAAGUCAAGGUGUUGAACAUGACUGAGAUCCAGGCUCGAUUGGCUUAUGUGUGCUCAGUGAGACAGCUUGAAUCUGUUAAGAACAGCGACUACUGUGAAUACAUCAGACCACCCAUCGACAGAUACCGCACGCUCGAGUUCGGCAAGUUCGAUGAGAUCAGCGAAGUUGGGCACCAGCAUGGGAAGACGGUGUUUGAUGUUUGGUGCAGGAGUGGCGUUGUAGAAAAGAUGAUGAAGGACAGACAUCAGGAAGAAUUCCACAAAACGCAGAGCAACAGUGUGGUGACCUGUCCCAAUGCUUCCUUCACUGAUCUGGCUGAGAUCGUCUCACGCAUUGAGCCAGUCAAACCAGCUCAUGUGGAUGAUGAAUCGGACUAUCACACUGACUAUGAGGAGGAGAUGGCAGAGAGCGCUCUGUCAGACAUGGAGCUCUACAACCAUUACAGUGAGCACACAGACACUGAUGAAGAAUUCGAGAGGACUCGCAGUCAGCGUGUGUGUUCUUCUGACGUGGAAAAUCUGGGUCCUGAGUCCUCCAAAACACUGCAAACGUCCAGUCCUCAAGAUACUAACAGCCCUCCCACCCUCCACACCAGAAAAGCACACUGACUGAACUCUCCGUCCUGAACUCUGACCCAGAUGUCAGCAUGGUAGUGUACAAACACUGACAAUCCCAAGAUUUGGGGUUUGGCCCCCUGUAUACAUUCCAGUUACACUCCAUGUCCAAGCCCUGAGGAUCAAAAAAUGAGUGUUUUGUGUAUUUACACAAGCCUUUUUCCCCUCCUCUUGUGCAUAAAAUCCUAAGAAAACAUCUAUAUCUCUACUGUUGCACUGGGUAACAUGGCGUGGGGGUUGAAAUGAGACCAUCUGAGUGGUAACUCAAGAUUAUUCCAGAGUUUCUCUGAAGUUUCAUGCUGACUAUGAACUAAGUCUCAACUCUAGCCCAUCUUGAAUUACCGGUCAAUAACAGAAGAAAUUGCACGACUAAGACAAUCAACUACAACAUUGCAAACAUUGUAUUUACAAACAGAUUGGAUUGUGCGCACAGUUGAUUGUUUCUAAUGUCAAUGCAAGUAGCAGAACACAGUAAAAUAAUGAUUUUGAGAUAAAACAAAAAGAUGGGGGAUAUUGACUGUAGAGUUCUCGAUUUAUAAACUCAGAAAACUGAUGUCGACUUUCGUUUCAUUAGACCACUUGACAAGUCAAUUUAUCCCACAGCUUGGCUGUUCAUGCAGGCCAAUGACUCCUUGCUGAGGGGUACCUGAUCUGUGAACAGUUGAGUGAUCGAUUUAAACUAACCAGCAUCGUAUAUCAUACCGAAUAUGUCUGAGUUAAUCAUACCUCUAGCUGCUGCUGCAUGUGAUCAAACACAAGCAAAAAAGCAAACCUAUCAAUGCAAUAUUUUUUACGUUUCUUGUUUUUGUCGACAAAAAAAAAAGCCGUAUGAGACCUGUUGUGCCUUUUAACCUUAUUAGUAAUAUGAAAUCAGUAAGUGGUCCAAAAAUGUAUUAACAGUCUGUGUUUUUGAUUGUUGCCAUGACUGACAUUAAUUUAGAGAUUUGUGGUCAGGCCAUUCUUUUUGAAUCUUCUGGAACAAUCUAUAAUGCUUUGUGCCAAUAGUUUUGCUUUAAAUCUGUUGUGCUAAAGCUAUGAAGAAAGUACUUAUGUUUUCCACAUUUCAGUUUGUUUUCAAAGUUAGAAAAACUACAGUAUGGACAUCUGAAAGAACAAACAAAAAUAUGCAAUUGUUUUCUAACGAUGGGUGUCAUUUUGCAAACGUUUUAAAAUGCUGAUUUCUAAUAAACUGCCUUAGUCUUGUGUGAA